AUGGCCUCCACUUCACUCGCUGUCACUGUUGCCCACGCCAUCGCGUACCUGACGCGUCCUCUGCUUCUCCGUGCCUCCAACGAGACGAUUGGCAAGCUCCAGCUCGCCCUCGAGUCUGGUCUCAUGACCUACUACGCACCUUCGUGGACCCCGUCCGACCCCUUCCGCGGCUCUGGUCGUCGCUGCAUGACGCUUUCACCCAAGACGAACCCUCCGCGCCCGAUCUUCGUAGCCGCCCGUGCGGCCAACGUCGAAUGGUCCGACUGGAUGGCCGCUCUCGGUGGUCUCGAGUUUGACCUAUUCGUCGACCCGGGCCGUGUGUCCGUUCGCUACAAUAGCCGUGGUGCGGACCCCCUUGGCCAGCUCGUGACCAUCUGGUCCGAAGACCUGGCCCGCGAAGCCGCCCGUGUCCGUGCGCAGGCUCAGCGGGCGUGCGCCGUUCCUCUUAGCCCCAUGUUCGAGGAGGCCCUCCGUGAAGAGGAUGAGGAGGACGAGGACGAGUUGUUCGCCAUGCUUGCCGAUGAACUCGCCGCACCCACUUUCAAGACGCCCCAGGCAGGCCGCUUCCCGCGUUCUGCACUUGCUUCUCGCCACUCGCGCUCCUGCUCGUCCAGCUCAGGUUCCAGCUCCAGCAACUCGCUGUUUGAUGACGACUCAGAUUCUGUGUCUUCCGUCACGACUGCAUCCUCUGCCGCAACGGAGACGUCCAAGCUCUCCCGCCGCGAGCGUGCCCGUCUCGCCCGCGUGGUCAUCGACUCGAAUAAGAAGGAGGUUACGAAUUACGACGGCGGCAAGACCACCGUUCUUACCGGCGGUGUCAUGCUCGGUGCGCCCAAGAAGCCUACGCUUCUCAAGGCUGCGCCACAGAUUAUCCUUGCGCCUGCGCCGGCCUUCCUGCCGCGUCAGGUUGCUUUGCCAUGCGCGCCCGCCCCCACGCCAAAGAUGGCCUCACCCUGGAUCCGUCAGCCGUACGGCCCUUCCUCCACUUGCACUUGGCGCGUCCGCGCAUGA